UGGCUGAUGCUGCUGGGCGCCUGGCGGGGGCUGCUCGCCUCCGCUUGCCCCACCUCGUGCGCCUGCAGUCCCGAGCGGAUCUGGUGCAGCGAAGCCGCGGCGAGCCUCGUGUCCUUCCCCGUGCUCGGCAAGAGGAGCGAGCGGGAGAAAGUCAGCGACAUUUAUAUUGCAAACCAGCGGGGUUUAGAAAGCAUAAAUGAAAUAGAUGUUGGACUGUACACUGGAUUAAGAAAUUUAACUGUGGUGGACUCAGGUUUGAAGUUUGUCUCACGCCAAGCUUUCCUGAAAAAUAUUAACCUACAGUACAUAAACUUCUCCAGAAACAAGCUUUCAAGUUUGUCCAGGAAGACUUUCCGCCAUCUGAAUUUGACAGAUCUGAUUUUAGAAGGUAACCCUUUCAAGUGUUCCUGUGAUAUUAUGUGGAUCAAAGUAUUCCAAGACACCAAGUUUCCAAAAGCAGAAACUCAGGAUUUUUACUGUAUAAAUGACUACAACCAGAGGAUAUCUCUGCUGGAGAAGCCAGUCCCAAACUGUGGCAUGCCUUCAGUCAGGUUGAAUACACAAAAUCUCACGAUUGUUGAAGGCAAAACUAUCACUUUAUACUGUGAAGCCACAGGAAGUCCAUCACCAACGAUAAUUUGGCUUUUCAGUAAUAUUGUUUCAAAACAUGAGAGUGAUACAAAUAAGAACCCAGCUUCUCUUACUAUAAAGAAUGUCUCAUCAAGUGACAGUGGCAUACAGAUUUACUGUAUAGCAGAAAAUACUGUGGGUGAAGACCAAGCUUCCGUCGACCUCACCGUGUUCUUUGCACCAAAUAUCACAUUUCUUGAAAUACCGUAUUCGGACCAUCACUGGUGCAUUCCAUUCAGUGUGAGGGGAAAUCCACAACCUGUCUUGACAUGGCUGCACGAUGGGGCUAAACUGAAUGAAUCAGAAUAUAUCUGGACCAAAAUUCAUGUUACCAAUCGGACAGAAUAUCAUGGCUGCCUCCAGCUGGACAAUCCUACGCAUGUCAACAAUGGCAAUUAUACUUUGGUGGCACAGAAUCAAUAUGGAAAAGAUGAAGCCAACAUCUCUGCUUAUUUUAUGGAAGAUCCUGGAGGUAGUAGUCCGUUCUAUGAUCAUCCUGGUUACAUUGAAGAUUAUGGAACACCAACAAAUGAUUUUGAAGACACUACAAAUAAUAGUAAUCAAGUUACUUCUACGGAUGUGUCAAACAAAGACAAUGAAGAUAGCAUCACUGUGUAUGUUGUAGUGGGGAUUGCUGCACUGGUGUGCACUGGCUUAGUUAUUAUGCUCAUUAUUCUCAAGUUUGGAAGACACUCUAAGUUUGGAAUGAAAGGCCCUUCUUCAGUUAUCAGCAAUGACGACGAUUCGGCAAGUCCUCUUCAUCACAUCUCUAAUGGAAGCAACACACCAUCUUCUUCUGAGGGAGGCCCAGAUGCAGUAAUUAUUGGAAUGACAAAGAUUCCUGUAAUUGAAAAUCCUCAAUAUUUUGGAAUUACAAACAGUCAACUCAAACCUGACACAUUUGUCCAGCAUAUCAAGCGCCACAAUAUCGUCCUCAAGAGGGAGCUGGGAGAAGGAGCCUUUGGCAAAGUUUUCUUGGCUGAAUGUUAUAACCUAUAUUCUGAACAGGAUAAGAUCUUGGUUGCUGUGAAGACUCUGAAAGAUGCCAGUGACAAUGCCCGCAAAGACUUCCAUCGAGAAGCAGAACUACUGACUAAUCUACAGCAUGAACAUAUUGUCAAGUUUUAUGGAGUGUGUGUGGAGGGAGAUCCUCUCAUCAUGGUCUUUGAAUACAUGAAACAUGGAGAUCUCAACAAAUUCCUCAGGGCGCAUGGACCUGAUGCAGUUCUGAUGGCUGAAGGGAAUCUUUUAGCUGAACUAACCCAAUCCCAGAUGCUGCACAUUGCCCAGCAGAUUGCAGCUGGUAUGGUUUACUUAGCAUCACAGCACUUUGUGCAUCGUGACCUUGCUACUCGGAACUGCCUGGUUGGGGAAAACCUGCUGGUGAAGAUUGGAGAUUUUGGGAUGUCAAGAGAUGUAUAUAGCACAGAUUACUACAGGGUUGGUGGGCAUACCAUGCUACCUAUUCGUUGGAUGCCACCUGAAAGCAUCAUGUAUAGAAAGUUCACCACGGAAAGUGAUGUCUGGAGCCUUGGCGUUGUUCUCUGGGAAAUCUUUACCUAUGGAAAACAGCCAUGGUACCAGCUCUCAAACAAUGAGGUAAUUGAGUGUAUAACUCAGGGCCGUGUCCUACAGCGACCUCGUACCUGCCCAAAGGAAGUAUAUGACCUGAUGCUUGGGUGCUGGCAGCGGGAGCCUCAUAUGAGACUCAAUAUCAAAGAAAUCUACUCCCUCCUUCAGAACUUGGCCAAGGCCUCUCCAGUCUACCUGGAUAUUCUAGGGUAG